AUGCUGAUAGACAUAGCAACGUAUGACAACAAAGGAGAUACGGCAAUAACUGUUCGGCCAGGUCAUUCUACUACUGUGAGACAUACUCCUGCUCCAACGAGUCAAGCUUACUUAAAGCUGCACGCGUUAAUGAGAAAUAUCCCAAAAAAUGAACUAGUGAUAUUAAUGCAAGGAGGUGGCAAUCUUGUAGGUUACGCGUAUGUAGAUAUGAUACGUCAAAAGUACAUAGAACGUUUUCCUGAAAGAAAAAUCAUUAUUUUAUCUCAAAGUAUUUUCUUGAAUCCGAAAGGUCAAGAGUAUUUACAAUAUUCUCGCAAUCUGUAUUCAAAUCGUAGCAACCUUGUUAUUUUGUUGAGAGACAGGCAUUCUUACAAAAGGGCCAAAACAAUGUUUCAUGGAGUGCAGAUUAUUUUAGCACCGGACUUGGCUUUCGGUAUUGGAAUGGUUCCACGACAAUUGCCGCCAAUUUAUGAUAUCAUUUGGAUAAAGCGAUAUGAUCUUGAGGCGCCAAAAAAAUAUACUAUUCCACAAUUUCCACCAGGUGUUUCAGUGGAAGUAAGUGAUUGGCUGUACUGGAGGACAAACAAGCCGCCAAACGAUCUGGAUAAAUCUUUUCAGAUCACGUCAGUUGGUUUCCAGUUUCUUCAGAGGGGUCGUAUCGUGGUUACGGAGCGUCUGCAUGGCCAUGUUUUGUCAACGUUGAUGAAUAUCCCUCACGUCCUUAUCGACAAUCCCCCAUAUUUCAAACUGUCAUCAUUUUAUGCGUCUUGGACUGUGAAUCUACAGAAUAUCAAACUUGUCAGUAAUGGUAGUCUGGCAUUAGGUGCAGCAAUAGAACUAUUACAAAAGUAUGAUCGUUUCUUACCGUCCAUAGGACCUAAAGAUAUGAAUGCGCCGUCGAAUGGGUAG